GGCCCAGUUCCGGAGGCGGCCUCCGCCGCCGCCAUCUGUCACCGCACUCCGGCCCCGGCAGCGCGUUGCUGGUGCCCCGCCAGGGCCCUCGGCAGAGCCCGCUCCUCGGUCUGUCAUCUCUCGGCUGCGUUCUCGCCCCUGCCUUCCUCCCGGAAUGGAUCUGGUCGGAGUGUCAACCCCUGAGCCCGGCCCCGCAUCGGCCUGGGGAGCCAGUAAGUGCCCAUGGGCUACCCCUCAAAACACAGCAUCCUGCUCAUUGACCGAGGUGAUGAGUGAAGAGUUGGCCAAAGAGCUGCAGUUAGAAGAAGAAGCAGCCGCUUUUCCUGAAGUUGUUGUUGCUGAAGGACCAUUCAUUUCUGGAGAAAACAUUGACACUUCCAGUGACCUAAUGCUGGCUCAGAUGCUACAGAUGGAAUUUGACAGAGAAUAUGAUGCACAGCUUAGGCGUGAAGAAAAAAAGUUCAAUGGUGAUAGCAAAGUUUGCAUCUCAUUUGAAAACUAUCGCAAAGUGCAUCCUUUUGAAGACAGUGACAGCUCUGAAGAUGAGGUUGACUGGCAGGACACUCGUGAUGACCCCUACAGACCAGCAAAGCCAAUUCCUACUCCAAAAAAGGGCUUUAUUGGAAAAGGGAAAGACAUCACCACUAAGCAUGAUGAAAUAGUCUGUGGGAGAAAGAACACAGCAAGAAUGGAAAAUUUUGCACCUGGCUUUCAGGUAGGGGAUGGAAUUGGAAUGGAUUUAAAACUAUCCAACCAUGUUUUCAAUGCCUUAAAACAACAUGCCUACUCGGAAGAGCGUCGAAGUGCCCGUCUCCACGAGAAGAAGGAACAUUCUACCGCUGAAAAAGCAGUUGAUCCUAAGACACGCUUACUUAUGUAUAAAAUGGUCAACUCUGGAAUGUUGGAGACAAUCACUGGCUGUAUUAGUACAGGAAAGGAAUCUGUUGUCUUUCAUGCGUAUGGAGGGAGCCUGGAGGAUCACAGGGAAGACGGUAAAGCUAUACCAACCGAAUGUGCCAUCAAGGUAUUUAAAACAACCCUUAAUGAGUUUAAGAAUCGUGACAAAUACAUUAAAGAUGAUUUCAGGUUUAAAGACCGCUUCAGUAAACUAAAUCCACGUAAGAUCAUCCGCAUGUGGGCAGAGAAAGAAAUGCACAAUCUCACAAGAAUGCAGAAGGCUGGAAUCCCUUGUCCAACAGUUGUGCUACUUAAGAAGCACAUUUUAGUUAUGUCUUUCAUUGGCCAUGAUCAAGUUCCAGCCCCUAAACUAAAAGAAGUACAGCUUAGUAGUGAAGAAAUGAAGGACGCCUACUGUCAGACCCUCCAUUUGAUGCAGCGAUUAUACAAUGAGUGUACCCUUGUGCACGCUGACCUCAGCGAGUAUAACAUGUUGUGGCACUCUGGAAAGGUCUGGUUGAUUGAUGUCAGUCAGUCUGUAGAACCAACCCAUCCUCAUGGCCUGGAGUUCUUAUUCCGUGACUGUAGGAAUGUUUCACAGUUUUUCCAGAAAGGAGGCGUGAAGGAAGCCCUUAAUGAGCGGGAGCUGUUCAAUGCUGUUUCUGGCCUGAACAUCUCAGCAGACAACGAAGCUGAUUUCUUAGCUGAGAUAGAAGCUUUGGAGAAAAUGAAUGAAGAUCAUGUGCAGAAGAACGGGAGGAAAGCAGCUGCAUUUCUGAAAGAUGAUGGAGGUCCACCUGUGCUGGAUGCAGAAUAGCGCCAGUGCCUGCCCCUGCCAACAGCAGUGAUCGCCAGCUGCCGGUAGCCAACAAGUGUGGGUGACUUGAAAUACCAAAGCAGGAGUGGACAGUGCCACUCCUGUGCUUCCCACGUGGAACCCACGUGCCAGAUGUGUGGAAUUUUUAACUCGGCAUUGAAAGAAUAAAAUGUCACUACCUCUCAUCUCAUAAAAAGGAUAAUUCUUUAACAGGUAUAAUGUCUCGUUCCAGUUUGGAUUUUACACAACUCAUGAUCUGAAACAUCUUGAGGGUUUUUAAGCGUAGGUAGUGUUUGGAGCGUGGGGAGCUGUGAGGCGUUUACAGGGGAGGUUUGCUGCUGCACCGUGCUCCUCUCCCCUGCUUGUGUAGCAUCUUUCUGCAAAUGUUACCAUUCUAAUUUAGCCCUCCUCACCUGUCCUUAAGUGGGGAUUUGUUUCAGGACGGACAGUGGACAUAGAUACAAGCAAUGUCCUUCUAGUGGUACAUCACGAAAAUGUAUGGAAUUCUGCACUUCCAUCUUAUACCCAGGAAAAUGGCAGCUUUCUGAAAGAUAAAUGUAGAAGGAUUUCUUAACUAAUUAAAUAUUGAAAUUUAACUUUUGGGUUUUCUUCAUUUAGGUUGGGAUGUAAUUCAUGUACAUUUAUAAAGAAAGUGCAAACUAUCUGGAAGGACAGACUUAAGAAUUGUAUUUGACACAUAUUAAGAAGGCAAUGAAACUAAUUUCAGUGUGCCGUUUCUUAAAAUUGUUCACAUAUUGAUUGCUAGUUGUUUUCAGAGAGAGAGAGAGAGCAAAGUAAUUGGAGCUGUGAAAUAAGGGCAAAACAACUUGAGUUCUGUCCAGAACAAUUCAAGUAGCAAAUUACCCAACCAACUUAUCCAUUUGGCCUCUGUUUACCAGUCUUUACACAGGCUAGUUUCUGCUUUGAAAAAGUGAGCAGUGUUCUGGAAGCCAUUGGUUGCUUGCUCUCGCUUUAGCUUCCCUAUUACCCCAGGUCCGGGGAGUCAGACUGGAUCCAAUGAACAGCCUAACUCUGUCUGGUUAUAAAGAUUAAAAACGUAAUUUAUAUUUGAAAGAUUUUAACAAUAUCUUAAAACGUCAAAUAUGUUCUUUGUAGGACUAUUUAUUUUUGUUUCUGUUAUAGUGCUUUUAGUUGCAUUUCAGAAGAAUGUGACAUGAGGUGGCUUGUUCCACUUUGCUGCUUUGCAACAAAGAUUUAAAUGAUGAUUAAUUAUUGGCUGAACAGAAAUUCCAAAGAACUCACUUGAAAUAAUCAUUUAAAACUUUGUUUUCUUUCUUGACAUAUUCAUUUUCAAACCAUUGCUUGGAGUGUGCUCUGAAUUUGCCUUUCAAGAAUUAAAAAUGAGAUCAUUUUAGAA